AUGUUUGAUGUAUCAUGGGGAGAGCUUCUUGUAUUGGGAUCUGUUGGGGCAGCACUUGCCGGUCGACGUGAUCUUCCCAGUGCGUGUCGCUUUGCGGGCAUGCAGGUCGGUCGAGUGGUGGGAUUGCUGCAAGGGGCACGAGCACGUGCGGAUCAGUUCAGCACGCAGAAUGAAUUGAGGCAAUUGCAAAACGAAUUGAGGAGCGGACUCCGGGAAUUGGAUCAAGUCAAGACGGAGCUAGUCGUUGCUGCCAGCAUGGGCCGAACGCUUGGGGCCACGACACCCUCGGCCAAUCGACUGGUUUCGAACAAAAGCAGCAACAACAACAACAACAACAACAACACGAAUAACAAUACCAAUCGAACACCGUACCGAACUAAGAUUCAAUCAUCGACAAUCACAGCACCCCAGGUUGGAAACGUUUCUGUUUCUACAGCAAGUAAAUCACGACAGACUCCUCCACAACCAACAAUAAGCACUGCCGAUGCCAUGAUGGAGAGUCUGUCGCUAUCUCCGUCCAGCAUUAUUCAAAGCGAACGAGCAUCCAUGGAAGAAGAAUGGGAAAAACAAGGUAUCUCGUUUCGAUCCGCAGCGGAACAAGGCAGCUGGAUGAAUACUGGUAAUGUAACAGCUUCCAGUAGUAGUAGUACUGCCAACACUGGAAGUGAAAUAUUGGAAAAUCUGAUGCACCAAAAUCUAGUAUUCGAUCAAUACAAUCGGGUGGUUGCAAACCAAGAACACGAAAUGCAACAAAGGAUUGAACAGAUCAAGGCAAAGGGUCGUAAUCAUCGUACCGAUGAGAAGAAGUAA